AUUUCCACGGUUUUGCAUUCGUUGGAAAGGUCUCGGGCUCCGUGAGGUUUAUAGCAAAGAAAAUUCAGGAAAAAUUAAAAAAAAAACUUCUUUUAAUCACCAAACGAAAUGUUACAUAAAACGAAGCCAUCUGGUGGCGAAACGGAGUUCGCCGGGUUUGCUAGUCAUCUAUAAAAACUCCACUGUUAAAACACAUGAAAUUGAUCGAGAACAAAACGCGGUAAUCAUAGUGACGUCAAUUGCUUUGCCACUGAAAUUUGUCAAAAGAAUCGCGACCUUGCCGGGACGCAUCGGCCCAACAAUGUUGCUAGGAGACCAGCCGAACUUUAAGUUUCUCAGGGCAGCAGCGGCUUACGGAAAACGGAGAUUAUUAAAUGCUAUACAAUUACGCCUUUUAAUAAAAAUAAUACCGACAAUUAUUUCAGAGUACCCUUUUUUAGUAUUCCCCGCGUGUGAGUUGGUGUUGUAAGACUGUUAUUCUAAAGCUCGAGAUCACAAAGCGAAGGUUUCCCCUUAAGCCGUUCUGGUUGUGACGUAGACUCGAGGAAACCCGAUUAAUGUUACUUAAGUGUGAUCCGCGAGGUGCCUCCUUCAGAUAGACUACACAUUUUGUUACUUAGACGCCUAUGUUUCAAACGAACGAGAGGCGACGAUGAAAUCUACUUUUAUGCUGUACUUUUUAUUCCUUUUCCUACAAAAACAGAGCUGUCCAUUUGAAUUAUAAAUCAGACAUACCGUGCUUAUUUUGUCUUAAUUUGUAGUUAACAACUUAUGUUUUAAAUAAGGUCAGUAACCAAUUUUUUUUUGUUUACAAGUUGAAGCGAAGUUCGUGAAUAUUGCUUACUAGUGGCCCGCCCUCGCUUCGUUUCGGUGUAGAGCUGUAGUGUAAACUAUAGUUUUUGUUCUCAGGCUUGUGCUAUAAACAAUGACUUAAUUUAUAUAAUUACACGUGUUAUUGUGAGUCAACCAUAAAAGAUAGACAUAUGCUGUUGCUGGAUAUUUUUUAGACAAUUUUAUGUAGAAUAUUUCUGUCAUACAUGAUUUCUAUGUAACUUUAACCAUUAAAGCUGCACCCGCGACGGAAGCUUAAAAAAUGGAGUAACUUCUCCCGUUUUCCCAACAUUUCCCUUCACUACUCUGCUGCUAUUGAUUGUAGCGUGAUGAAAAGUAUACUAUAACCUGCCCAGGAGUAUGAAGAAUAAUUGUACCAAGUUUCGUUAAAAUCCGUUGAGUAGUUUUUGUUUCUAUAAGGAACAUACACACAGACAGACAGACAAAAAUUUUACUGACUGCAUUUUUGGCAUCAAUAUCGAUCACUAAUCACCCCCUGAUAGUUAUUUUAAAAAUAUAUUUCAUGUACAGAAUUGACAUCUCUACAGAUUUAUUAUAAGUUUAGAUAAGACAACUGAAGUGACAAUGUCGGUCUGAGGCCAAUUCUCUUCGGCGUGGAGCCCUCGAACGUUACCCAACAAAAGCACACGACACUGGCCAAACGUUUAAGUGAUAUUCACUGCGGUCUUUUGUAAGACGGAGGUACCCAAACGGGAAAUGAUAUUUUUAGUGUUCUCGUAAGUUCAAAAACAAUCGGUCAUCAUAAACGAUUGUCGUACAAUGAUUCGAUUGAUAUGAUCUCCUCCUACGUGAUGCGGCUCGGAGACUGUGGGCGGGCUGCGAUAUCAGCUGUUGUAUGUACAUACUAGCGGGCCGCCCUCGCUUCGCUUCGGUGUAGAGCUGAAGUGCAGACUACAGUUUUUGUUCUCAAGGCUUGUAUUAUACACAAUGACAUUCAUCUAUGAUUCUUCUUAUACCUGCAUGCAAAGUCUCAGCUCGAUCGGUUUAAAAUUGACAAAGUUUCAUACAAACUUUCAUUCCCUAUUUUAUCCCCUUGAGGGUAGAAUUGAUCAAAAUCCUUUCUUAGCGGAUGCCUACGUCAUAACAUCUACCUGCUUGCCAAAUUUCAGCCCGAUCCGUCCAGUGGUUUGAGCUGUGCGUUGAUAGAUCACUAUGUCAGUCAGUCACCUUUGAGUUUUAUAUAAUUAUAUAGAUUGAGUUAUUACUCUCAAGUUGACGCGCUUUAAAUAAAUAAAACUGCAUUUUGUACAGUCGAACGAUCUACGCUGAACUGAAUUAAUCAUGUCUUAUCAAAACCUGUUGGAGAUACAGUGACAAAGAAGUGGCUUUCCGUGUAUCUUCUCAAGACAAUUAACAAAGUCAACGAAAAUAGUGUAGACCGCUUUACAAAAUACAAACUAUUGAAAAUAAUAUUAAAUGUUUGAAAGUUUUUUUACUAAGUGCGAGUUGUGCCACAGAACUACUAAAGUAUCACUGUCAAAUUAUAACCACGUUUUGACUAUCCUCAAAUGAUGCAACCCAUUUUUACUAAACCGAAACUUUAAAUAAUACAGUUAAAGUUAGUGCAACUCACGCGUUAUUUAGUAGCUUAGAAUAUUUUGAAUUUCAUGCAAAACUUUCUCUUAUUAUAUGAAGAACAUCUUCGCUCUUAAUAUAUAUAUAUAUAUUAAUAAUAUCACAGUCACCAGAACCGUUUCCCGAAGCUUGCAGCAGUCUACCAAGGUUGCUUUUCUUCUGGACCGAUAUGUAAACGGGAAUGUUUUUGAGACACGCACAAUGGUCCAAUAAUUAGGACUAAGUGCGGAAACCGCCCUGAAGAACUAACUAACUAUAUUAAUAAUAUAAUUUAGUAAUAAUAUAAUUAUGCGGUUAAGAAUCCGUAGAAAAUCAGCUCGGGCGUCACUGGCGCGCCUAAUGGAGCCUUCUUCACGCCUCUAACUGUGGCCUGCACUCUAAGGGCUAGCGCUCACUACAUAAGCGACGGGCCGCAGCGCACCGCCCUGAAAAAUUGCACCAAAGCAUGUAGGAGUCGCGCCGCAACGCAAUAAUUGAAUCAGCUAGCCCAUUUGCAGUGCAAGCGAUGGAUUGUUCUGACACAGUGAAGACCAGAAGUCAAUCUACAUUCAAAGUGUGCUUGAGCAAUGCACACAACGUCGUCCACGCACGAGCGUCCCAAGCGAAAUAUGAAAAGUGAAGUACAUACAUUUCUGUAACUCUCUACAUAUUUUGUGGUUACUGAGCCUUCCAACGCACACUGAGGCGGGCCUCGUCGCAACGCGUGCAUCACAUUGCCGCAAAAAUACGCCUGCAAGCGAUCCGCCGAUCCGAGGAGCUCGAUGGCGCAGGUCGUUAGCGCGUUCAGGUGCGAUCGUUGAACUUAAGCAACUUUCGCAGUGGUCGGUCAUUGGAUGGGUGACCAAAAAGUCUUCUAUCUCGAGUUGCUCCGUGCUUCGGAAGGCACGUUAAGCCGUUGGUCCCGGCUGCGUUUGCAGUCGUUAGCACCCGCCAAUCUGCACUGGGCCCGCGUGGUGGGUCAUGGCCUAAUCUCCCUAUACCAUCCAUAGGGAAGGCCUGUGUCCCAGCAGUGAGGACAUUAAUAGGCUGAUGAUGAAGCGAUCCGCCAUGCGCCAGUGUGUUGCGAUGCGGCCCGGUGCGGCCCGGUGCGGCCCGGUGCGGCCCGCCGUAGUAAGCGCCAACCUUUAAGAUCGCUAAUCUGUUUAACUGGUGCAAUGUGUACAACCACACAGAGGUGCCCGCAUUCUUAAGUGCUGCAAUUAUCAAUUUUUAUACGACCUUUUUAUGCUAUUUUACCUCGAGGUAUUUUUCCCUCUAAUUUGUAAGCCUCUAAGUUUUCGGUUACAAGUAUUGAAAAACUUCUCAAUUUAUAGAAAAUUUAGCUUCGGACCGCACUUCGUCCCCGUUAACUUUGGAUUUUUUAGAAUCCCACAAGAGUCUAAACAUUUUUCGAGUUAAAAAGUAUUCUUUGUCUCAAUCUAGGCAAUCAACAAGGUACGUACCAAACAAAUUAUACAAACUUUCAUUAUAGUAUGAUAACUGAAGAAAUACUUUAAAAAAUAUGAUAACCUUAAAAUAUAUUUUAAUAUUUAAAAGAUAAACGGAAGCUUCAAUGAAACAGCGGUUUUAAUGCACCCUAAUAUCGCAGCUGGAUGUCUUUACACCUUUCGCAGCUACAAAGACGGGACAGCGCCGGGUAGCCGAGCCGGUAAUCCGCUCAUAUGUCGUUUGAAACUUCAAUGUGGACCACUAGAGUGUGUAAAGGGUGUCCUGUAAAAUACUUCACUACUUUGUUAGGAAAUCUGGUACGUGUUGUGACGGAAUUCCUCCGUAUCGCCUCUCGAGAUAGGUAGUAUUGAAAAAUGGUUUCUCGGGUGUUUGUUAGUCGAUGCGUUGUUGUUUUGGGAGCGAGGAGGCUUUGUCGGAGGACGGUCUCGAUGGCGAUGGCUGCGGAGGAUGCAGCCGUUCCCGCCGCGGGCUAGUCUUCGUCGUCCGGUGGUCGGCUAGAGCAGGCUCAGGCUCAGCCAGUCAGUCGCUUAGCGCCCGUGCGCCCGGCCGCACGUCCCGGCCGCAGUUCUCCGCCCGUAAGUUUCGCGACUUCGACCGCCGACUCCACGACUCCUCACGGCUGUGUAGGUAGCCGGCGAAAUAGAAGAGUCACCAAAAAGAAGGAAUAGAUGCGAUCCAUCCCCGAGUAACAUGGCAUCGCUGAUACAAGCGCUGGUGUGUCUGCUGCUAGUGGGCGCCCCUGUCCGCGCCCAAUACGACACCGUGAGCCAAUCGUGCGGUGCUGAUGACUUCCGAUGUCAGAACGGCAAAUGUAUAGAGAGCUCUCGGCGCUGCGACCGCGUCGUCGACUGCCCCAACGAAGAAGAUGAACAACAGUGCGAAUGCCGCGAAGGAGAAUUCCAAUGCGUGUCAGACGGAUCGUGCAUUGAGGGUAGGAAGCAGUGCGAUGGCGUCAAUCACUGCAUGGACAGCUCCGACGAACGAGACUGUGAGGCCCCGCCCUGCCCGCCUGACUACUUCACCUGCGACGCGUCGUCGUCCGUCAAGUGCGCUCAUCGCUGCGACGGCCAGGUCGAGUGCGACGGCGGCGAAGACGAGGACCAAUGUGAUGAGUGCAGCCACCAGUGCGAUGGUGUAUGUCUGGACGAGGCGAAAAUUUGCAAUGGCGUGCCAGAUUGCUCUGACGGCUCCGACGAAGUAGACUGUGACCAUUGCGAUAGACCCACCGACUACAGAUGCAAAAACGGCGAGUGCAUCAACUCGGCGCAGUACUGCAACGGCAUUCCGGAGUGUUCUGAUGAAAGCGACGAAGAGAACUGCAACAAGACCAUGAUAUCUAGACCUGUGGGAUGCACCAACGACGAAUUCCAAUGCCGAAACGGUGCCUGUAUAAACAGCAUGUUCUUCUGCGACGGUAACUCCGACUGCACCGACAACUCGGACGAGGAAAACUGCCCUUGCAAUGCGGACGAGUUCCAGUGUGCGACGGGGCAGUGUUUACCGCCGAGUCUGUUCUGCGACGGCACGCCCGAUUGCCCCGACGCUUCCGACGAGGUGGACUGCCAGGCGCUGUGGACCACGCCCGGCCGCUACGACCGGCCCCAGGACCCGACCCCGCCGCCCACCACUACCACCACGCGGCGCGUCAUCACCACCCAAGCGCCGAUUCGAGAACAAAACCCGAACGAGUAUGACUACAGCGGCAUAUACUCAAACUUAUUGCCGCCUCAAUUAGGUCCGCUAGCUUUGAACCUGAAAACUUAUCCAUCGGAACAAGUGGUUAGAAACGCCAUAUAUCCCUAUGGUGGUGACGUUGUGUUCCAAUGUCGUGACGAGGGUCCGAAGAGAGCUCCCGUCAGGUGGAUAAGGGAAGGAGGUCGUCCUCUGAAGCCUGGAUCCACGGACAAGAACGGACGUUUAGAUAUGAACCAAGUCACGACGGCGGAUAGUGGAACUUAUAUUUGCCAAGCGAUCAACUACUUAGGCUCUCCUGGCUCUGAGGUCAGGGUAGUUCUCAAUGUUGAUUCUUCGCCCGUUACACAUAGACCUCGCAAUUUCGCAUGCGAAGCAUUCGAAGCCACCUGCGGCAACGGCCAAUGUAUUCCGAAGUCAGCCGUGUGCAAUGGUGUCGUCGAUUGUGCGGACAGAAGCGAUGAGGACAAUUGCUAUGUGGAUGGCAAAUGCCAGCCGAACGAGUUCAAGUGCAACAACAACAAGUGCGUGCUGAAGACGUGGCAGUGCGACUCGGAGAACGAUUGCGGCGACGACUCCGACGAGCUGAACUGCGAGCACGGCGCGCCCGGACAGUGCAGGACCGUCGAGUUCGCCUGCGCCAGCAACGACCAAUGCGUGCCCAAGAGUUUCCACUGCGACGGACAGAGCGACUGCAUCGAUGGCACCGACGAAAUCGGAUGCUCACCCGUUCGAAUCACAUCGGUUCCCAAGCCCUCCAACGUGUUCCUGAAUGUGGGCGACACUCUCGUCCUGAACUGUUCGGCGGCCGGCAUCCCGGCGCCCUUGAUCACGUGGCGCCGCAACUGGGGAGACGUGCCGGAGACCUGCACCAUGCAGAACCAGAACUACAAUGGUCAAGUCGUCGGCAUCCUCACCUGCACGAACAUGUUGCCUGACUACAACGGCGCUUACUCAUGCGAAGCUAUGAAUAACAAAGGGACAGUAUUCGCCGUGCCCGACGCCAUUGUCUUCGUUAAUCAGAGCAAUGUCUGUCCAACCGGUUACUUCAACAGCGAGGCCCGCUCCGAAAGAGAGUGCAUCCGAUGCUUCUGCUUCGGUGAAUCGACGCAGUGCCACAGCGCGGACCUGUUCACGUACAACAUGGCCACGCCCCUCGGCGAGGGCGGCACCAGGCUGGUGGGCGUCAAGAACGCUGCCAACGGAGAUGUCCAGAUGGACACGCAGCCGAUCACCGAACAGUACUACUAUCAGCCAUUGAGGAACGGCGCUACGGUGACAAAACUAGCUCGCUACAACACCGGAUGGGGUUGGUCCAGCGCGUUACCAUACCUCACGCUGCCCGAGUCAUACAACAGCAACCAGCUAACUUCAUACGGAGGACAUAUCCGCUACAGAGUCACUCCCCACAACUAUGGGCCUGACGUCAGCGGACCGGACGUUAUCAUAAAGGGCAAGUACCAGACAUUGGUACAUUACAGCCGCGGAAGCCAAUCACAAAUCGAAGCACGACUCACCCCUGAAAACUGGCAAAAGCCUUCUUCUAGAGGACCCAUGCCCGCCACCAGGGAGGACAUCAUGAUGGCAUUGGACGACAUCGAGAUGAUUCUGCUGCGCGCGAGCGUGAACAACGCCGGCGUGAACAUUACGGAUUUCGUGAUGGAGUCGGCGCGCCACAUCAACAUGGGGCUCGGAGUCGCCAGCCUCGUCGAGGAGUGCACCUGCCCGCCCGGCUACGAGGGGCUGUCGUGCCAGAAAUGCGCCCCCGGCUACAGUCGCUCGUCGUCCGGUCCGUGGCUGGGCGAGUGCGUGCGCGAUCGGCCCACGUGCCCGGCCGGCACGUACGGCGACCCCGCCAACGCGUACGCGUGCCGCCCCUGCCCGUGCCCCCUCACCAACCGGGAAAACCAGUUCGCCAGCUCCUGUGCUCUGCGCCCCGACGGGAACGUCGUCUGCGACUGCGCCGCUGGCUAUGAAGGCGUCAACUGCGAGUACUGCGCGCCUGGCUACAUCGGCAACCCUCUGCUGCCCGGCGACUCGUGCAGACCCAAACCCAGCGACAUCUGCAACCCGGUGGGCACCAUCCACGAGCGCCUGCUCGACGACUGCGAGUGCAAGGACAACGUGCAGGGACGCUACUGCGACCAGUGCAAGAACGACUCCUUCUAUCUCUCCUCUGACUUCCGACAAGGAUGCGCCCUCUGCUUCUGCUCGGGAGUGUCGCAGCAGUGCAGCAGCAGCAGUCUACGGAGAAGCACCAGCACUGUGCUGUUCAAUACACCGGACAUUGUCAACCGGAUACGCGUGUACAACAGCGCCCCUCUAGGGGGCCCCGACGCGGCUCGCUACAACGCGCCCAAGGAGACCAACCUCACCGCGGUGCUGGCCGGCGGGGAGGUCACUCUCACCGAGUUCGAUAGGUCCAAGCCGACCAUCUACUACUGGAGCUUACCCGUCCAAUUCGCUGGCGACAAGGUGACAUCAUACGGAGGAUAUCUCAGUUACACGUUGAGCCGCGUACCGUUCCCCGGAGGAGGCAGUUUCAAAAAUAACGCUGCUGACGUACAGCUCAUUAGUGAUAAUCGUUUGACGUUCCAUUACUUCGGCGACUUCGAAGCUGACUACAGCGGUAAUCUGGAAGCAAAAGUGCAGUUCUUAGAGAAAGGGUGGCAAAGGCCCGAUGGAAAGGAGGUGUCUCGCGAGCAUUUCCUGCUGGCGUUGGCUGACGUGAAAGCUAUCCUGAUAAAGGCUACGUAUACGAACAACGCCCAGGUGGCCUCUCUCGUGAGCGCCAGCAUCGACACCGCGGAACCGAACGGCAAUGGACCCGCGGCCUUACACGUGGAGCAGUGCGUCUGCCCGAGGGGCUACAUCGGCACCUCCUGCGAAGACUGCGCACCUGGAUUCACCAGAUAUGAAAGCGGCCUCUACCUGGAGCACUGCGGCCCCUGCGAAUGUAACGGUCACUCCAGCAUGUGCCACCCGGAGACUGGAGUGUGUUUGGAUUGCCAACACAACACAUACGGUGACAACUGCGAUCAGUGCAAGCCGGGCUACAAGCGAGACCGAGCCAACAACUGCGUGCCUGACUACGGUCAACCAACCCAGCCUGCACCGCCGCAGUAUAUUUGCGAUCCCCGCGGCGCCGUAAACCCAUACCCGGGGGGCCCGUGCGACUGCAAACAGAACGUCGAAGGGCCCAACUGUGACAUAUGCCGCCGUGGCACCUUCGGCCUCGACGGCAACUACUCGCUCGGCUGCUACGACUGCUACUGUUCCGGAGUCACUACCGACUGCUAUGAGGCAUCAUCCCAAUAUUACCGCAUCCCGAUGGCGGCGCCGAUCUUCGGGCCGGACUACGGCGGCUACAAGCUGAUGGACCUCAACGCCGAGCGCGUGCUGAGCGACCACAUCGUCUCCAUGCCGCUCAACAGCGAGCUGAUGUACGUCUUCGACUUCCCGCCCGAUGAGGAGCUCUACUGGUCACUGCCCAACUUCCCAGGAAACCGGGUGCUCUCGUAUGGCGGCACACUGCAACUAAAACAAAAAUUCGAAAGCCGCGCGGAAUUCAUGUCGGAACCGGGAACCGAUAUCAUCCUGGUCGGAGACGACAAAUCCGUUUACUGGACCAAUUCUGAACCUAUGAGGGUUGGACAACAAUCGAGUCUACAAGUGCCCCUGACUGAGAGCAACUGGUUCCUGCUGAACUACGCGACGCCGGCGAGCCGCAGCGACUUGAUGUCGGUGCUGAGGGACCUCAGGAGGGUGCUGGUCCGCGCCACCCUCGUCAGGAACAUCGAGUCCACAUCCAUCGCUGACGUCUCCAUGGACACUGCGGGGGAGCAAUCUUUCGCUGGACCUCUGGACUCUUCGCCGAGAGCGACGUCCGUAGAGGUGUGUAUGUGCCCCGAGGGGUACAGCGGCACUAGCUGCGAGAGCUGCACUUCGGGCCACUACCGCGACCGAUACUCGCAGUGUCAGCGUUGCCCCUGCAGCGGACACGACUGCUACCUUGCCCCUGAUGACCAGGUCGUCUGCAACUGCCGCCCCCCAUACGCUGGCAGGGACUGCUCCACCAUCGGAGGUGAAUCGAGCAAAGUGUCAAACGCGACCUCUCGGCCGCCGCCGCCGCGACCCACGGUGAUGGUGACCAUCACAUCGCCGACCAUCAAGAUCCAGGAGGUGGGCAGCAGCGUCAACUUCACGUGCCAGGCGGAGAGCCGCAUGACCAGGGCGGGGCUCCCCAUCACCUGGUCCAAGGUCGACGGCCACCUGCCGCAGGGCCGCACCAUCGUCGACGACCAGAUGGGAAUGCUGCUCAUCACCAACUUGCAAGUGUCGGACAGCGGGAAAUACGUCUGCCAGACCAACGACGGCAUCUCCACGGCGCAAGCGUACGCCACGCUCAAAGUUCCCGGCAACGACAUGACCAUUCCCGGUGUGGAAAUAAGGCCUCCCAUCAACGAGUACUUUGAGGGCGACCGGGUGCAGCUGGAGUGUGUCAGCAGCGGUAACCCCGCGCCGCAGAUCACCUGGCAGCGCGCCUCCGGCCGGCCCCUGCCCACCUCCGUGGAGACCAUCGACGACCUGCUCAUCAUAGAGUACGCGCGCGAGGAGGACUCGGGCGAAUACCGGUGUAUCGCGUCGAACACCCUGGGGUCCGUGGACCGCACGGCCCUGGUGACGGUCCGGGCUCGUCCCGCGUCAGGGCCGCGGGACAGGCUGACCGUGUCGCAGAGCUCGCCGACCCUCAGCGAGGGCCAGAACACGCGCGUCACCUGCACCGGCACCGCCAACGUGCCCGCCGGCUCCAUCGACUGGGUCAGACAAGACGGCACCGAGCUCCAAUCCAACGUGCGCUCCGAGAACGGCGUGCUAUACAUUGACUACGCGCAGCUCACCAACCAGGGCGUAUACGUGUGUCAGACGACCGCGUAUGACGUGCAGCCGGUGCGAAUCGUGGUAGCCGUCAUACCGCAGGGCACUCCGAGUCCCGAAGACCAGUCCAACAUCACCGUCUCCGUCGACAGACUCAGGAUACCCACCGGGGGAAGCGGCUCCGUCGAAUGCACGCCUCGGGGAUACCCCCUGCCGCUGAUCUCUUGGAAAAAGUAUAACGGCAAGUUCGGAGACGGCGUCAGCCAACGUCAGAACACGCUGAUCAUCAGAGACGCACGCGAGGAAGACCAGGACUACUACCUGUGCGAGGGAAUCGUGGACGGCCGCCCCGUCGCCAACAUCUACGUCUACGUGGAAGUUGAAAAACGCGAGGAGCCUCAGAUCGAGAUCUGGCCUAGUGGCGAGCAGGCGGUGACGCUGGGCAGUCCGUUCGAGCUGCGUUGCCGCGUGCGGGCCGGCGUGCCCGAGCCCACCGUCACGUGGAGUCGCAACGGGGGCCGCCCCAUAGCGCCGCACGCGCAGAUACAGCCCAACAAUAUACUCAAAUUCGAGCGCAUCGAAGUGAACGACGAGGGCUCGUACUCAUGCUCCGCGUCCAACGCGGCGGGCACGGCCACCGCCAGCACCGCCAUCAAGGUGCGCUCGCCGCCCGAGCUCAGCGUCAUGCCCGGCGACUACGUGCAGGCGGCCUACAGGGACCCCGUCACCGUCGAGUGCAGGGCCAGCGGGUACCCGCUGCCUAUGGUCACCAUCAAGAAGAUGCAGCUUAACCCAGAGAUGCUUGAGAUAGUGCCACCGUCUGCCGGCAUGGCGGUUUUGCACAUCGCUUCAGUCAGUGAAGCCGACGACGGCAACUACGUGUGCAUCGCUUCUUCGCCCGCCGGCACCAUCACGGAGGAGUUCGGCAUCCGCGUUGAUAGAGGAGAUGGCGGUUUCGGACGAACUGAAGGUAGUGGAGAUGACGGCAUGAGACAGUAUGACACAACAACUGGCUACCCUAGCGGAUCCAACAACCAACAGCCGAACAGUCUCAUCGCCAUGGAGGGACAAACCAGCAGAAUCUUCUGCACCAUUAACAGCGGGGAUUAUGAUGUGAGGUGGAGUCGCGAUAGAGGCAUGCCUCUGCAAGCGAACGCAGAACAAAGUGGCGAAGCGCUCAUUAUUAGGAACGCGUCGAAGGCGGACGCCGGCUACUACACGUGCGACCUGUACGACCGGUACACGGGCGAGGUGCAGAGCUCGGCGAUGUCCCGUCUGGUGGUGCUGGCGCCGCCGCGGAUCACGCUGCGGCCUCGCUCGCAGACGGUGCGGCCCGGCGAGUCGCCCGUCGUCGAGUGCAUCGUCGACGGAGACGACAUACAGGAGGUCACGUGGCGCCCGGUCACCAGACCAUUGUCCAGUCGUGUUGAAAUCGAUCGUUCAAGGUUAAUAUUUAACCGCAUCGAAGUGGAGGACGCCGGAGAGUACGAGUGUUUCGCCAGGAACGCGGUCGCCAAUAGUUCAUCCACGGCCGAGGUCAUAGUCAGCGGUCCUCGCGAUGAGACCCCGCUGGUGUCUAUCGAGCAGCCUCGUUCCCCGUUCCGCGUGGGCGACAACGUGGAUGUGCUCUGCCGCGCCAGUUUCCGGGGCGUCUCCGCCUCCUGGGAGAGAUACGGCACCAGACAAUACGUGGAGUCCAGGGAAUACGGCGAUGGAGCCCUGUUAAGGGUGCCCAACGUCCAGGAGUCGGAUGCAGGCGUGUACAGGUGCAAGGGAGAUUUCAACGGCCGCAGCACCUUUGAAGACUUCAACCUGGAAGUACAACCAGGAAACUCAGUUAUGUAUCCAGAGAACCCAUCGGAUGAGGUGGCGACAUACCAGGCCCGGCUCGGCGAAGACGCGGAAAUGCCAUGCAUUCACAACUUGGAAGAGCCAGUCUCCAUCGAAUGGAGGCGACAGUACACUCCUCUGCAGCCUGAAGUCAGAGCUUAUGAGCCGAACCUGCGCCUGCACCACAUCACGGAGUCGGACGCGGGCACGUACGUGUGCCGCGCGAGCAACAGCCGCGUGUCGGUGGAGACGCGCGCCGUGCUGCGGGUGGUGGGCGUGGUGCCCAGCUUCGACGGCAACGGCUGGAUCGCGCUGCCCGCCCUCAAGGACCCCUACAAGCAGUUCGACAUCGAGCUCUCCUUCAAGCCGAGCGACGCCAACGGAUUGAUCCUGUACAACAGCGACAAGAACGAGCGCACGGGCGACUUCGUGGCACUGCAGCUGGUGGACGGAGUUCCGCAGUUCGUGCUGGACAUCGGCGCCGGCGCCCUCACCGUCCACGGGGACCGGCCGCUGCAGCUCAACGCCUGGCACACCGUCCGCAUCAGCAAGACCAACUCUAGAGUGAUAAUGGACGUGGACAACAACGGCCCUUCGAGCGCGGUGUCGACCGGCUGGGAGCUGCUGGAGCUGGCCGAGCCGCUGUACAUCGGCGGCGUGCCCGACCUAGACCUGCUGCCCGCCGCUCUCGCCGGCGCCUCAGGGUUCAUGGGUUGCAUUAGCAUGCUGAUCCUGGGCAGAGAGGAGAAGAACAUCAUGUUGGACAGCAUCGAUCAAUCCAACGUCCGCCAGUGCGACUCCUGUUUCCCCAACCUUUGCAGCAAAAAUGGAGUGUGUCAGGAGGCCCGCAACGAGCGCGGCUACGUAUGCCUGUGCGCGGCCGGUUUCGCCGGCCUCAACUGCGACGGCACCGGCGAGGCGUGCCGGCCCGGCCUGUGCGGGCCCGGCCGCUGCAUCGACACCGCCAUAGGCUACAAGUGCGCCUGCCCCGUCACCUUCACCGGCAACAAUUGCGACGUGAGACAGAAUAUAGAAUACCCCGCGUUCACGGGCAGCGCGUACUUGGCGGUGAAGGCGCCCGCAUUCUCGCGCGUGUUCCGUCUCGCCAUGAAGGUGAAGGCCGCGGCGCCGCUCUCCGACGGCAUCAUCAUGUACUGCGCCGAGUCCCGCCGCGGGAACCGGGGCUUCACCGCCCUCACUGUGCACGACUCGAGGCUCCAAUUCACCUAUGACCUCGCGGACGGAAGUAGACCGGUAGUGCUGACAAGCAACAGGACGUUGCCCGCCAACGAAUGGACAGACGUGUACAUCAACCGCGUCGGGCAGGAUGUCUCGCUCAGGAUUAACAACGUACACGAAUUCAAGGACAAACUGGACUCGGCUAAAACGGAUCUCAACCUGGAGACGCCUCUGUUCGUGGGCGGCGUGGACGACUCCAUCGUCCUCAACAAGAACAUCGGCGUCACCGGCGGCUUCAGCGGCUGCAUCAAGGAGGUGAUGGUGUACAACGACGCCCUUGACAUCGUGGGCUCUUCCAUCCAAUCCGCGAACGUGCAAGAAUGCAGCAACUACGACCGCGGGGACAUCCCUGAGAUCGAGAACGUAUGCUCGCAAUGUCGCAACGGCGGGGAGUGCACUUCGGACGGCGCGGGCUGCCUCUGCCCCGCGGGCUUCGCUGGCCGCCUGUGCGAGAGCCGCGUGCCGUGGCCGGCGCGCCGCCCCCCCUCGGACCCGUGUGCCGCGCAGCCCUGCCGCAACGGGGGCUCGUGCCGCCCCGACGCCUCCACCCGCAUGAACUACACCUGCAACUGCCCCCUGGGCUUCGCGGGCGCCAACUGUCAGAUGCCGCUGGAGUUGUUCCAAAGCGUGGGUUUCAACGGCAACGGAUACCUGGAGCUGCCGGCGCAGCUGCUGCGCUACGACAACCUGGAGCGGGAGGCGGCGCAGAUCGUGAUGGCCUUCAACACCAACGGCGACGGCGUGCUGCUCUACCAGCGAGAGGUGCAGCAGCCGGUCAACGCGGACUACGUCCUGCUCAAAGUUGAGAACGGCGUGGUGGUGUUGGACUGGGAUCUGGGCAGCGGCCAGUCCACUCUCACCAUCGAGGACGUCUACGUCACCGACGGCGACAGACACACGGUGAUCGCCAAAUUCUCUGAAUACUACGUUUCACUGACUGUGGAUAGUACUAGCAAAAAUGGAACUUCGGCCGGCUUCUCGAACCGAGUCGACGCCAACUCAAACAUUUACAUCGGUGGCAUACCCAGCGCGUUGAACGUGAACCGGUACUCGGGCCUGAACGGGUGCGUGGAGCAGGUGGAGCUCAUGGGGGCCGACCGCGGCAUCCACCUCGGCCGCACCGCCGUCGCCGGCCGCAACACGCAGCGGUGCAGGAACUCAAGACCGUGAGGAGAAGAAUUCGGGAUCCGGAGUCGAGUUCAAUUCUGCAACAUAAUACAUUCUCUAUAUUUACUUAGUCGUUCGAAAGUUCCAAAAAAACCAACUGUCAAUUGUAAAAUACAAGCUAAGUGUUUCUUAAGUGUAACAUCCAUUCGUUCAGCAUCGGGUCUCACGUUGUUAAUGGAAAAUAACUUUUAUUAUUCUCCGAUCGUUACAUUUUAAUCGAUAUUAAAUUAAAAUGUAAACUGUUUAGAUUUAAGUAUAUUUCACAAUUGGGACAAUACGAAUAGCUUAAUUAUUAGAUAACUGUUAAAUAAUUAACGUUUUAAGGUUAACGUUUAUGAAGUUCGGACGGGUUCCCGGCGCGCGUCCCCGCGGCGCGCGUCGGGGCGAAGAAUGGUGCCAUAAAGAUUGAUUAUAUCGCGAAUAAACCGUAUGUAGUUAGGCGAAAUAUUUACUAAUUAUACUUCAAAUUUUACAAUUCCUCCGGUAAGAUCGGUCGCGGAGUAGUUUUCAUUACAUAAUGUAUAUUUUUUUACUACAAAAGCACCGGCAGCGCUCGUCAGUUCCCGUUGGUUUCGCUCUCGUCAGCGCGCGCCACAGGCCCGGCGCGGACGCACACGCGGAUCAUGUGCCAAAAUGUAACCAGGAUUAAGGGUCGCCAUGCACGUUGCGACAGUCGCACGGAUUCCGGCCGUAUGCGACCUGGAGCUCUAUUUUUGAAUCACUCGCUUGCGUCCAACGCUCGAUAUCUACUAAAGGAGACCCGGCACUUUUCAUAGAAAAAAUGCUAAACUUGUAUAUAGUUGAAUUUGGUAUCAAAAUAAAGCCAAAAUUAUUUGCUACAUAAAACUACUUUUGCCUUAUUUUUAGUGAAUCGUGGAAAGAAGUUAUUUAAUGAUUAAUAUUUUUUUGAUAUAGAAACCCUUUUGAUGACAAACCUACGUAUUUGACAUUGACAGCUAGCUGCUGAUGACAAAUAUUGCCAGACUGCGUUACCCAAUUAUGAAACACAGAUAAAAAAAUUAAAAAGUAUACAACUUUGGCACAAAAUGCCGGGUGUCCUUUCAUUCGACAUAACUAAUUCCGUAUUUUUGAAUCGCUCGAGUGCAACGAAUGGGUGAGACCACUCGCUGUCUGGCGAACGGUGGAGGCGAACGAUUGAAUAAUUGUCAAUUCUUUUGUGCUAUUAGACGACGAUAAUUUAUCAUUGUCAUGCUUUAUAUGAAACGACAAAGAGUAGUAGUAAUUACCGGUUUUUAUUAUUUCUGCGUGAAAUGAGUAAAAUUUCGUAUUUCGUAUCAAACAGGUAACAUUGGUGGCGAGUGAUUCAAAAAUACGGAAAAUCAGUAUUAUGCGACUUGAAAGUCGAAGGUGACUUAUGUCGCAUUCGACGAUACUAUGUCAGACGAGUGUUUCAAAAAUAGAGCUCCUGUUCGAGUAGAUCGGUGGUAGAGAGGACCGAACGACCGAGGCCAUGUCGCCGGUCCGCUGAAAUACUUAUCGCCAGUCUGUGCGACCGUUUCGACUUGAAUGGCCCCUUUAAGAUAUCGUCGUACACCACUGCCAUUUUAUUUUGCUUUAUUAAUUCUUUAGGUGUGUAAGUAAAAUCUUCGCUUUAUUUAAGCAACGAAUUUUCCGUUCGGGUACUUAUAUGCAUUCGUGGUGUCGGCGCGAAUGUUUAUUACGGAUCGAUUUCAUAAGCUCGGUGGCAUUUAUAUCGUAUCAUUUGUGUGGCGUCCGUGGCCAUUGUUUUCAGUGCUAUAUUAGCUCUUUUAUAUAUAUUGUCGAUGAAUCGAAUAUUAUGUGCAUUAAAAGUGUUAUUUAGCUCUGCUAAGUUUACGUUGUGUCGUUGAAAUAUAUUGUGAGAAAUUUAAAAGUAGGUACUGAUAAAAUUGUAUGUUUUUAACUUAACUCUAAAUAUUAUACCUAUGAAUGAACCUGACUAUGAUGAUUAACUAGUAUAUCCGUGUAAUUCUCUAAGUGAACAAAUGCAACUAACAAUAAAGAAACAGAAAUCAAUUAAGGUUGUAUUAUUUCAAAUAAAUCCUUACCAUAUUUAUUUUGACUUUAAUCGGAAAUCACUGAAUUCAUUGUACCAAUAAACUCCA